GUCAAGUUUAGUUUUCGGCGCCAUUUUCGACUGGGUCCGAGGUGAGCGCUUGAAUUUUUGUCGAAUUUAUUGCUUUAUUUUUUAUUUUCCCCGUGCGAAAGUGGUCCCAAAAUAUUCCUAAUAUUUUUUAAAAAAAACUUACCAUCAUUCGGCGCCGGAAAAUCGGGAUUCGGAUUGGUUUCCAAGAUAGAACCAUGCCUGCCAAAACGAAGUCUUCUACAGCAAAACAAAGCGCAAAACUGGGUCCGGGGGGAUCUGAGUCCCUGGAUGAGUUUGACAACGAAAUGGAUAUCCAACAAAAGGCAAUCGCAUCAAACUUAGAUGAAACUACAAGAGAAUCACCAGUUGAACCAAUAGAUAAUCGAAGCUUGGAAGAAAUUUUAGCUGGCAUAUCUCCUCCUCCACCCCCAGCAAUGACCAAUGAACCUGGAGCUCCUCGACUCAUGAUAACUCAUAUAGUGAACCAGAAUUUUAAGUCAUAUGCAGGAAAACAAAUCCUGGGUCCUUUCCACAAGAGGUUUUCUUGUAUUAUUGGACCAAAUGGGAGUGGGAAAUCAAACGUGAUUGACUCAAUGCUAUUUGUUUUUGGCUACCGGGCCCAAAAAAUUCGUUCCAAAAAAUUGUCUGUACUCAUUCACAAUUCUGAUGAGCAUAAAGAUAUUCAGAGCUGUACUGUGGAAGUUCAUUUUCAAAAAAUCAUUGAUAAGGAGGGUGAUGAUUUUGAAGUUAUUCCAAAUAGCAACUUCUACGUUUCAAGAACAGCCUACAAGGACAAUUCAUCACUAUACCAUGUCAAUGGAAAGAAAUCAACAUUUAAAGAUGUGGGAAUGUUGCUUCGUAGCCAUGGAAUUGAUCUGGAUCACAACAGAUUUUUGAUUCUUCAGGGUGAAGUGGAGCAAAUUGCCAUGAUGAAGCCAAAAGGCCAAAAUGAACACAGUGAGGGUAUGUUAGAAUAUCUAGAAGACAUAAUUGGGUCAGGACGGUUGAAAGAACCAAUACAGAUUCUCUGUCGCAGAGUUGAGAUUUUGAAUGAACAAAGAGGAGAAAAGCUUAAUAGGGUCAAAAUGGUGGAAAAAGAAAAGGAUGCUUUGGAAGGAGAAAAAAAUCAUGCAAUUGAGUUUCUGCUCUUGAAAAAUGAGAUUGUAAAGAACAGGAAUUGUGUCUUGCAAUAUUACAUUCAUGAUGUGCAGAAAAGGAUAGCUGAUCUGGCAGCUCAAAAGCAAAAAAUCCAUGAAGAUACUCAAGAUACACGUGACAAAAGUGCCAAACUUGUGGAAGACAUAAAAAUAAAAAAUAAUGAUUUGAAACACCUUGAAAAAAAACUAGGGAAAAUUACAAAGUUCAUUGAAGAGAAGAAGGAAGAGUUUGCACAAUUUGAUUUACAAGAUGUCAAAGUCCGUGAAAAGCUCAAACAUUCAAAGAGUAAAGAGAAAAAACUGCAGAAGCAACUACAAAAAGAUAUAGAGAAGUUGGAAGAGUUGAAGAGUAUACCGGGUGAUAAUGAAAAUACCAUCAGAGAUGCCACAGCUAAAAGAGAACAGCUUGAACAAAAUAAAGUAAAGGAAGAAGAGAAGCUAAAAAAAGUAAUGGACACUCUCAAACAGGAGACUAAGGGUUUGCAAGAAGAUAAAGAGACAAAAGAGAAGGAACUCAUGGAGUUGAGUAAAGCAGUAAAUGAGAGUAGAUCAAAGAUGGAUGUGGCUCAGUCUGAACUAGAUAUCUACCUAAGUCAGCACAAAUUUGCUUUGGACCAACUCAACCAGGCUAAGGAAACCCUGGCUACUAAUAUUGACACACUUAAAGAAAGAAAGGCAACAAUUAAAGACAUGGAAAUAAAAAUACCACAGUGUGAGCAAGAACUGCUGAAGGAUGAAAAGGAACUUGAAAAAAUAAUCCAUUCUGAAGCUCAAAUCCGAAAUAAUGUCUAUGAACUGCGACAAAAAGUUGAAGAAGCAAAGAGUUCCCUCACUGUAAAUCGCAGCUGGGGUAGAGUUUUGGAGGCAGUCAUGCAACAGAAGAAUACUGGUAAAAUUGCUGGAAUCUAUGGAAGACUAGGUGAUUUGGGUGCUAUUGAGGAAAAGUAUGAUGUUGCCAUUUCCUCCAGUUGUGGUGCCCUGGAUAACAUUGUUGUGGACACAAUUGAUACUGCUCAAGAAUGUGUUAAAUUUCUGAAGAAACAAAAUAUUGGAGUAGCAACUUUUAUUUGCUUAGAUAAGAUGAAAGUUUGGGAGAGAAACAUGGGCAAGAUCCAAACUCCAGAAAAAGUUCCCCGUCUCUUUGAUAUGGUCAAAAUAAGCGAUGAGGCUAUUCGUCCUGCUUUUUACUUUGCACUUCGGGACACACUUGUUGCUAAGGAUCUAGAACAGGCAACACGUGUUGCAUUCCAAAAGGACAAGCGCUGGAGAGUCGUCACCAUGGAAGGACAGAUAAUAGAACAAUCAGGUACCAUGACUGGUGGUGGAAGAAGAGUUAUGAAGGGUAGAAUGGGAUCUUCAUUAGUUGUUGAAAUUACUCCAGAAGAGAUGGACAAGAUGGAGGCUAAAUUGCAGAAGGAUUUAAUAGUGGCACAAAAAUACCAAGAACAGAAAAGUCAUUUGGAAGAAAAGGUAGUUAAGGAACGGCAGAACAUCCGCGAGAUGAAAAAUACAUUGGAAAAAUACACAGCAAGCAUUCAGGGCCUCACUGAGCAGCAAAUUCACUUGACAAUUCAAGUAAAAGACUUUGAAGCAAAUGUGGCAUUGGCAGCUCCUGAUCAGAACAAACUGAAAGAGCUGCAGACAACACUGGAAACUUUUAAGAAAGAGUAUGAAAAGGCUGCAGCAAUGGCUGGUAAAGUUGAGACAGAGGUUAAACGAUUACACACCCUUAUUAUUGACAUCAACAGUAAAAAGCUUAAAACCCAACAGGAUAAACUCGACCAACUUAACAAACAAAUUGAUGAUUGUGCCUCAUCCAUCACAAAGGCUCGGGUUGCAAUUAAAACAGCAGAAAGGAACUUCAAAAAGGCAGAAGAAGCAGUGAAUCGAACUAAAGGAGAAAUUGGAGAGAACCAAAAGGAGGUUGAAGAUCUAACAGAAGAAUUGAAGCAAGUGGAGGAAAAGGGUGCUAUUGUGCUGAAGGAAUGCAGUGAAGCUCAGGUACAACAGAAUAGCUAUAGUUCUUUCAAUGGGCUGCUCCACCUAACUAAACUUCCUAAAGCUAGUAAUUUAAUUCCUUUAUCUUAGUUUACAAACGAUUAU